AAAAACUUUACAUGUGCACCCCAAAACCCUUAUUAGCGUCUUCUAGACCAAACACAACCACAAACGUGCAGGCUAGGACACGUGUACAAAUCACAACGCGUGUAGACUCCUAUACGUGUCCUCACAGACGUUAUAAAGGCCUUACAGUCUCUGCUUAGUGUUCUUCAGCUCAAGUAGAGAAGCUUAUUCUCAAACAUAUCUUUACACAAACAUCUCGAGUGAUAGAGAUAAAAAUGGACGGUAGGGGAGGGUGUUGCAUAGCUAGGUACGCCAUUGGCUCUGGACCGUACGAUCUUUCCAAAGCAGAUCGUAUCAUGCUUCGUUUUCGUCCCAUUGCUCCUAAACCAGCCAGUGACGGCAGAGUAAAGCCUGUAUCCAGCGGUGAUAGCGGCAGUGGAAGCUCAGACGUUUCUUUUAGAGCUGGUAAAAGAAAGAGGAAAUGUCAUCAGAGUAAGGAGAACGGUGGUAGUAACGCUAAAUGGUGCACCCGGCGGAAGACAUCGGAGAAAUCCGUUACUCACGGCGGUGCUAAUGCGGUGACUCUUUCUCUUUUACCGGAGAAACCUGCGUUUACGGAUCUGAUGGCGGUGGAGAAGCAGAAGCGGCAGGGUCCAUUAUGGUUGAGUUUCGGCAACGGCGGCGGGAUGUUUACUCCGGCUUAUCAAAAGGCCGAGGUUGUGCGGAGGACGGUGGUGAUUUCGUCGUGUAUGACGGUGGAACGUGUAACGGACGCUUGGAUUGACGGUUACGGCCUAGGGAGGUCAGAUGAAGAGAGGAAGAUGAAUCUUGUGAGAGACACGUGUCCUGGUUUCAUAUCCGACGGUUCGGGGAGAGUCACGUGGACGAACGACGCUUAUCGGAAAAUGGCUAGGGAUAACAUUCCGGUGGAAGAAGGUUCACCUGAGAUAACUAGCGGCGAUAGUUUUCACGUGAUCGUACAGUUGGUGAUGAGGGAGAGGCCGAUGCUAACGUCUCCUGGAUUCACAUGCAAAGUGAAACUACACCACACGUGUCAAAAUCGCGAGAGAGGCUCUACACUCACGGUGCCUUGCGACGUGUGGAGAAUGGACGGUGGUGGUUUUGCUUGGAGGCUCGACGUUAAGGCCGCUUUGUGCCUUUGACACCAUUAGAUCAGCUAUAGUGCACCAUCGACGACGAACGGUCUCGAUCGUGUUACAUUACAAUGAUCUCCACGAAACAUAAAACAUAUGGGAUUCGGACAACUAAUUAAAUUUCUAAUUGCUUAACUUAUAACUAUGUCGUCUUUUGUUCUGCUUGUUUCUUAUAAUAUAUAUUUUGCUUAGAGUUCUUGUAAAAAUCCACCUUUCUUUCUUUCUUCUUUUGUUUCCUUCUUAACGCAUGUGUGAUGCUAAAUUCGAGCUUAUUGUUUAAAGAUAAUUAAUGAAGGAAAUAAAAUUGUAAGUAUUGAAUGCGUU